CGCAUGCGUAGACCAGUGGCCUUUAUUGUCCUAGAAAUCUGGGCUGUACUGUUUCUGCCCGGUGAUGCUCGCGGUACGAAUUUGCAAAAAUGUAAUGAUGUAUAUUCUUGAUAUGAGGUAGACACGAGGACAAGCAAUGGAAUCAGGAGAAACAGAGUGGAGUGCUCUUGCACCUGGCAGCAAGUCAGAAGUAGAUUCCAUGGUUGAAGACUAUCAAAAACAGGACUCAUCCAGUUUUAUUGGAAGUCAGUCUGAGCAAAUGUACGAUGAGAGUCAGCUGGGGGGAGAAGAUGACUACAUGAACAGUCUGGGACUAUAUGAUGGUUAUGACAGCUACAAUGAAAGUGGGGGCGCAUCAUCAGAAAAUGAGGAUAACCAAGAAGGGAGUUUGCUACCGCACAGUUACCAGCAGGCAAGGGGUGGCCUUCUAGGGAGGCCCAGGGGCCAUCGUUACCUCAAUGGAAAAGAUGGCAUGGCUACUUGUGAAAGAUGUGGUGCUGUUGGAGUCAAGCAUGCAUUCUAUUCCAAGUCUAAGCGGUUCUGCAGCUUGUCCUGUUCACGGAGUUUUGCCACAUCACAGCGAGAAGGCAAACCGAUGACUAAAUCUGUCAGUCCACCUACAUCAAAAAAAGGUAGACCAGGUGGUGGAAGAAAAUCUAUGACCAAGUCUCCUUCACAGAGUUCUCAAAAAUCAAACAUUAAAUCAGAGUCUAAACCAUUUGACUGGGGACCAUACCUGAUUGCUAGUGCAGCACAAGCAGCACCUGUAUCAUGCUUCAAGCAUGCUUCUAUGAGUGAUAGCUGGGAUCAAAUGGUAGUAGGCAUUAAGGUUGAGGUAAUUAAUUUUGACUGUGACCUUCCAUACACUGUUUACUGGACAGCAUCAGUGGUGAAAGUUGCUGGUUAUAUGUCUCUAAUGCGCUAUGAAGGAUUUGGCAAUGAUAGUUCCCAUGACUUCUGGAUAAGCUUGGUAUCACCAGAUGUUCACUCGGUGGGGUGGUGUGCCACUAUUGGAAAACCACUUGUGCCACCUUGCACUAUUCAAAGCAAAUACUCAGACUGGAAGGACUUUCUUAUCAAGAGACUUACAGGUGCAAUGACUCUUCCUAGAAAUUUCUAUGAUAAGUUUACUGAAUGCAUUGAUGAGCACAAACUAAAGCGUGGAAUGAAGAUUGAAGUUGUGGACAAAAUGUGUGUGUCGGCCAUGCGUGUUGCAAUUAUUGAGGCCAUUGUGGGAGGCCGACUGCGACUGACCUAUGCUGAUAGCAAGGAUGAAGGCGAAGAAUUUUGGUGCCAUAUGAGAUCUCCAUUGAUCCAUCCAGUGGGUUGGGCUCAAACUGUUGGACACAAACUGCACAGCUCACAAGAGUACAGAAAUGCAUGUUUAAGUAAGAUUGCCAUGCAGAAAUAUUCUGAAGAUGAUACCAGCCCAGACAUGCUGCCAAAGGUGAAGGAAGCACCUCACAGUAUGAACUUUCAGGUUGGAAUGAAAUUGGAAGCCAUUGACCCUCUCAACCUUUCGGCCAUAUGUGUGGCUACUGUUAUGAAGGUAUUGAAGAAUAAUUACCUGAUGAUUGGCAUCGAUGGGUCUAUGGCAGAAUCUGGCUCAGACUGGUUUUGCUACCAUUCCUCAUCACCUUGUAUUUUUCCUGUUGGUUUCUGUGAAAUCAACAGCAUUGACCUUGCUCCUCCAAGGGGUUAUAAAGGUGUGUUCAAGUGGUUUGAUUACCUGAAGCAUACUAAGUCAGUUGCUGCACCUGUAAAGUUGUUUGACAAGGAAAUUCCCAAGCAUGGCUUCAGACCUGGCAUGAAACUGGAAGCUGUGGAUCUGAUGGAGCCUCGACUGAUCUGUGUUGCCACAGUGACACGCAUCGUGGGCCGGUUGCUGCGUAUUCAUUUUGAUGGUUGGGACAACGAAUAUGACCAGUGGGUGGACUGCCAGUCACCUGAUAUCUACCCUGUGGGCUGGUGCCAGAUAAUGAACUACACUUUAGAAGGUCCUCGAAUUAAAGAAAACAUGGCACCAGCUACUCUGAUCCAGAAAAAAAAGAAGACAAAGAAUCAGAUAUACAAGGGGCCUAGAAAGAAGAGAAAGUCAAAGCCUCCACCAGGGAAACCUGGUUUCCGUUUCUUUCCUGGAUCUUUACUGGAGAGCAACAGGGAAGCUGAACAUUUGUCUGGAACUAGACCACCCCAUGUACCUCUUCCACCAGAGGCAGUAGCUGCCACUCUUCGACCGCUUUUGGACCCUGAAGUGCCAUCUGCUAAGAAAGUAAAGUGGGAACAUGAAAAUUACACUUCAUCUCCUAUGGAUGCUUCGUUUCCAUCUUCUGUCUUCACGUCCAUUGCUUCUGCAAAGACACAGGAACAGGAAAGGUUGCCAGUUUUGAAUUCAAGUGAUCAGAGGAAGGGGAGUGCAAGCAAUUUGCCAGGAUCUAUCUUUGGAAUAGCAGAAAAGAAUGAUUAUUCAACAAGAUCUCCAUCAGUAGUUUCCAGCCAGACAAUAAAAGCACAGUCAUCAGGACAGUCUACACACACAGCAGACAGUGUGAACAACAAUUCCCCAGGAGGAAGCACUUCUGACAGCAUUGGGAGAAUAGCGGCAAUCAAGGCAGAGAAGAAGGAAGUUUUUGCCCACAGUCCUCUGGAAGUUUCCGGUCAGCAACACCACCACCAUGGGAUGGCAGAUAACAUGACCAGCCCAUCGUCAAUCUCCUCUGUUUUUCCAUCAUUAUCACUAGACGGUUCAACUGGUCACGUAUCACUAGCAUCUGGCCAGGAUGCUGUGUUGUCCCUCACUCAAGAGUUGCAGAGCAUCCCUCCCAAACAGUGGAGUGUCUCAGACAUCUGCCUCUUUCUCCGCAUCAAUGAUUGUGCAGCAUACACAGAUGCCUUUGUUAAAAAGGGUAUAAAUGGUCAGCAGUUUCUGGACUUGACACCAGAGCAGAUAAUCAGUUUGGCAGGCACCAAGGUGGGUCCAUCGCUACGCAUCACACAGCUGCUGCAACAGCUCAAAACAUACAGUGAUGGCAAAGCAAUUCCAGCUUCUCCUGGCCGUAUGUCAGUGGAUGCUGAGUAAGCGGUGAUAAUGACAAGGUUGCUAAAAAUUCUUUUGAGAUCCCUGCAUCCUUCAUACCACCAGGGUGCUGUUGUUGCCAAGUUCAUCUUGCCCAGAGCCCAAGAAUGGAUAUUGCUUCACCUCACUUUGAGGGUGAAGGCCAUGCUGAAAAUAUGUUCUUGCACACUGGCACACCUGUGUUCUAAAUGACAUCCUAUAUAGAGAAAUUGUGGGCUGGAGAUUCUCUAGGGUUUUUUGUGUUGUGUAGCAUGUACAUAGGCAGCAGUACAGCACCAGAGUUGAUUUUUCUGAGUUGAAGAACAUCCCCCCAAAACCUCCCAAGCAGAUUUUCCUCCUGCUUCUCUAAAGUAAGUCAUAAUUUUUAGGGCCCCCCCCCCACCCUCCUUUCAUGAACCAUGAAAUGAUGCAAGCUUCGGGACUAGUUGAAGGCUGCUGUGGAUGAUGAUGACUUCUCUAAACCAGUGUAUGUAUUGUGGAGUUGCAGCUAUUUCUGUUGAUCAAUAAGCAUUAACAAUGAAAAUGGCAGGAACUGUUCAACUCAUUUUUGUACUGUUAUUUCAAAUGCACCACUGUUGUCAUUCUGAUGAUGUAGACUUAUAAGGUCUGCAUGACCUAAAGAUUUUCCAGAUACCUUCAAGUACACAAUAUGCCAUUACAUAACUUGUUUUUAUGUGAAGACAUUUGUUUGCAAGCUAUUUUUAGACACAAUUGUCUUAAAAAUAUAUAUACACAAUUAUGUGAUGACAUUAGUUUAACCAAUGAUACCAAUUAUUUGUCUCCACUGUCUCAAAAGGAGAACUGCCUUACAAUAGUUUUAAUGCUACCUUGUCCAAGCAGUAUGCAAUUUGGUGCUUGCUAAUUGGGAUUCACAGAAUGUUUGAAGAGACCUCUAUAAUUCUUUUGUUGACUUUGGACUUGUAAAUAUUUGUUGAAUAAUGAACCUAGGUGAGUGAUGACACUCGGGCAAUCGAGUGUGCCUCUCAUCAUCAUUGUCUUUGUGAAGUUUUAGACAUUUUCUAUGUGAUAAUUAAAAAACAAUCAUUUCAUGUAUAUAUUAUGUGAAAAGAGCAGAGGGAAAGUACUUAUGCAUGUUUUCAAAGAAAGUUUUAAGUGUUGAGCAUUGUGCAUACUGUAGCAAGGUCCCCCCUACCCACUUUGAAUCAGUGUAGUGUUACUUAAGAUGAUAAAAAAUUAAUGUAAAUGGAGAUAGUUCUUUGUACCUUGUUAAGUGUAGAUGUUCUAGAACAAGAGAGAAAAAUCAAGACAAAAUUUAGAACCAGAAAAAAAUAAAGGAAUUAUGAUGAUAAAGAACAUGUCAGAAGGCAUCCAUAAUUUCUUAAUAUCGCUUGGUAACCCAACACGUUUCUUAGCUUGGGAACACUUAAAUUAUUCCUAUCAUUUCUAAAAAUUGAUAGAUCCCUAAAAUUAGAUUGAUUCUUGACGUUUGUUUGGAUGAAACCACAUAUGCAGGUGAAGAAUUACUAAGUGCUCUUAAUACUAGAUAGAUUAGUGCUCAUGAACACCAAAUGCAGAACUUUGUAAGAUAUUAUAUACAGCUUUAAAGACCUGUUCAUCCUUACACAUAAAAACAGGCCAUGCAUAAGGAUGCAAGACAAGCCAACAGAGUACUAGAGGUUAUUGUGCAACUAAAUUGGGGAGUGUUGGGCAGUAAAUUGUAUGCAUGUACAAACCUUGAAGGUGACAUCAUGUUGCAGUUAUAAUCACGUUCAUAUUCUUUGAUGGUAUAUAAAUAAAUCACUAAGAUGCUA